ACGCGCGGCAGUCUGGCAGCGGCCGCGAACGCGUGUGUCGACUCGCAAUAGGACAAUUGGAAAAUCGAAUACGGACUGUGUGUUCUGUGCAUUACAAUUACUUUUUUCCUUUUUUUUUUAAACCCUAGCGGCCUAUAGACAACGAAUUCAAGUUUUACUGCCUUAUUAUAUACAUAGCAAAGAGUAUAAAUAUAUAUUUUUAUUUAACCGUUCUCUGUCAAGGACGCGUAAUUAGGAAAUUUUAUGGCGAUUAAAGUGCGUUUUUUUAUAUUGAUUAGAUAAUAAAUAAUAAAGAACGUCACCCGUAGUGGCGCAGUCGUGUCCAGUGAUCGAUUGAUUUUAUAGAUUCCCUUUGUGGUCAAGUGCAGUUUACAUUAAAUUGUGUGCCAGUUUGGAUUUUAGUGCGCGAAGCCCAAUAAUGCUAUCCGAGCGCAGACAAACAAACGAGCGUGCUUGAAAAAGGAAAAGAAGACACAAACAUGCCAACACACACGCGGAAGAGGUCGACCCGGUGACUAGCUUUCGUGACCGAAUAAGAGAUGGCGCUGUUAACCAACUCGUCGGCGAGUGGACCGACGGCGACCCCGUCGGCGCCGCAAGCCCACCACUCAACGACGCCGUUGCAUCACUACUUCCAUUACCUGAAGCAGCCCUCGCCUUUGGCCCAGAAUCCUUAUGCCCAUCACUCGAGCGCCCAUCACAUGGGCAUGGGCCCUGGGCCGCUUGGUGGACUGGGGCCUUUUGGGUUGACGCACCACGGGCUUGAAGCUGUCGGAUUUCCUCAAGGAGUGAAUCCCCGGAAGCAACGUCGGGAGAGGACAACCUUCACGCGAGCUCAGCUGGAUGUGCUUGAGUCGCUGUUCGGCAAGACCAGGUAUCCGGACAUCUUCAUGAGGGAAGAGGUUGCGCUGAAGAUCAACUUGCCCGAAUCUAGAGUACAGGUCUGGUUCAAAAACCGUCGGGCGAAGUGCAGACAACAGCUGCAGCAGCAGACGAACACGCAGAUAUCUUCGAAAUCAUCCUCCAGCUCCAAAACAAUAUCCUCCAGCAACUCUAUCAAGAGCAACUCAUCCAAAAUAACAACCUCCAAAGCGUCCUCAAACUCCAAUAACACUCCGAGCAUCACCACAUCAUCCCCCAACCUCCCCACCCCAACGACUUCCGUCAGUCCACCAAUAAACGUUAUAUGUAAAAAAGAGUCAGCACCUUCCAGCUAUGACUCUUCUCCUUUAAACAAGAAUUUAUCUUCCCACCAUUAUUCUAAUGACGCAUUAAGAAUCACAAAUAAAGAUUCCUCGCCGUCGGACAAUAUAUCCAACGUCCACAAUUAUGGGGUUACACCCAAACAGGAACUUUACAAUAGCCCAAAAAGACUGGACUAUUCGAGCAAGGUUGACUACACAGAAAAGUCUUUCGGCAGUAACCUGGUUAAGGACCAGUACAGCUCUCGUCUGACAGGAAACCUCACUCCAUUAGGGUCGAACUCCUCGAUAAUGACCACUCCCUCACCUCCUAUAACGCCGCAGAGUCUGAAUGGUCCGGGGAACGUGUACCAUCCGGAUAGCUACAACAGCUUCCACUGGCCAGGCAGUUCCGAUUACAUAAGAAGUUACUCCAGCACGCAUCACCACCAGGGUUAUGGGCAGAGCGCUUACAAUUCUCCUUAUUAUCCUAGUCAGAUGGAGUACUUCAACGGGUCAUCGGUCAACCAGUCGCAUGGAGGCCACCACACUCACAACCUAACCGCCAACGGAAACCAGUUGUACAACCAAGUGUCAUUUGGCAACCCCUCGCCUCCUGCAGCCUGGCCUUCCCACCACAACAUCUUGUCAUCAGGGCCGGAGUCACCGGAAAACCAGUCCCAGAACUCCCCCCAUUUAAGCAUGCUUCAAGCAUCGCAAAUCACGAACUUUUCUAACACUGGCAAUAGUUACUUUGCCCCUGAAAAAUACGGUAUAAAUAUGGUGUAGUAGUGUUUCUAGUCUUUGCCAAUAGGUUAUUGUAAAUAUUUCCCUAUGAAUUAGUUAGAAAUUUUAUUUUAGGGUGGGUGUGUAAGAUUAAACUGUUUAUUCGAAGUUCUUUGCUUUCGUUCCUAUGUUAAUAAAAAUAAUUAAAUAAUCUAUGAUCUUUUUCUAAAAAAAAAACAACAUCGUAUUUACGGUUACUUUCAAAUUUUGUCUCGAUACUUUCAAUUACUUUCCGUUUCUGCUACUUCGAUAAAGUAUUGGAUUGAAUUUUGAAUGUUUCCGAAAAUGCGAAUUAAGUACAUAUCAAAUUUAAUUUUAUUUAAAAAAACACGUUAUUUUACAAAGCAAAUUGUCUUUGGAUAAAUCGUUUAAGUUAUAAUUUUGUAAAGGAGAAAGUUAAGACAUGUUGUAAUUUAAUUUUCUGGGCAAAACUAAAAAUCAUUCUGUGGUCAAAUAUUGCUUAUUAUGUUGGUAACACUUUGAAAUCCGUUAAUUUAAAAUUCGAACGUGUACAUUAAUGGCACAUUUUAAUUUUAAAUAACAUCAGUCUUCGCUUAAACGAGAAUGAUAUUAAUGUUUGCCCAAUUUUUGAUUUACAAUUUCGCUACCCAAUUAAGACUUUAAUUUAUAAAGCUGCUUAUAAAUAUAACGAUUGUCAACGAAAUGAAAUCGCGGUGGCCUAAUUAUUUUAAUGUUGGCUUAAAGUUGCCAUAUUAAAAAAACUAUGCAAUUAUUAGGUUCUUUUUUGCUUGUACAUUCCCUUGAGUCAUAUCACUUUAUAUUUAAAGAAAAUAAUUUUAGAGUAUGACGACGCUUGGUGGAUAUGCGUAAAUUUUAUUAUUAUUAAUGUACAUAUAAAAUAUUAUGUGUAAGAGUUUUUAUUUUUUAAAUAAAUUUGUAAAUGUGAUUGCUAAUAUUGUAUAUGUGAAAUAAAUUGUGGUGUAGAUGGUAUUGUAAGUGUUGAAAUCAUUAGCGAAUCAUAGAUACGUAUUCUUUUGGGCUCUUAAAAAGUUUUUUUUUCAUCUGACAUUGAUACUUCCCAGUGUAGCCACUGUUCAAAAUAAUUUUUAUUUAAAUUAGUAGUUAAGGCUAAGCUCUUGCAUAUUACGUGGCUAUGAUUAUUUUCCCCAAUACUUCCGAAAUUCUUUGCACACUUUUUGAAAAAAAAAACCAAACUCUACAGUGCAAAAAAUCGUGUACAGUUGUUGUAAAAAUAAUUUAUAAUAGAAUAAAUUUGUAAUUAAUUUGGGAGCGGAGGAAUUUGUGCAGUUGCAACCUUACUUGGUAAGUUCAAAAAAUAAGUGUGAAAAGUAUUUUCGACAAAUUGGAUUUCUGAACGAGACAAAAGAAAUAAUUUAAUGAUAUUAACGAAAAGAGAUUACUAGUUUUAAAAAUGGAAUAGAGAACUAUUUUAAAAUUUGACAACAGAUUAAUAAAAUCUUCACACGCAGUUGUAAAAUAUAUACUUACCUAUAAUUUUACUUUACUUUAGGGCAGAUAGGUUUAAGAGCGCGCAUUUUCUCAUCUCUGAAUUAAUUUGCAAAAUACGCUUCAUUAUUUCUGAGCCCUUAUUAAUUUAUAUUUAGAUUUUUUUUUAUACGUUUUUGGUAUAUUAAAUGGCAAAAUAAAGAGAAGAAAAUGUGCGUUUUUAUACCACCUAUAUUUUCAAAUGAGGUUUUUAUGUUUAAGUUAUUACAACUGCGUAAAACUUUAAAAGAUUAUUUCAAUAAAUGAAUUGUUUCAAUAAUUUAAUUUUAAUGUAAUGAAAUUGAGUUUUAUAUAAUUUUUGUUUUCAAAAAAUAUUGUAGAUGGAAAUGUAUUGAAAAUUUGUAACUUAUAGAAUAUGCUUGAACAUAGCUAAGUUAGUUUAAGUGCGGUUUCUACCGUUUUUCGGCGAAGAGUCAGUGUAUUUGUUUUUUUAAACUUAAGUUGUACUAAUUAAUAUUAAAUCAUAGCAAUUGAAAUAUUGAAUCCGAAUAUAUGCAUAUAAAAUACA